AUGGUGCACACUUUACCUAGAAAGGAGUGAUUCUGUGUUUCAGUAUAAAAACCACUGCCGGGUUCUGAGUCGAAUCAUAACAAGUAUACGAACUGCUCGAAGCUCACCCAUCCCAAAUAAAAAAAAAUCUUACAAGAUGAAGUGCGUCAUUGCCGCUGUUGUCAUUGCUCUCGCCGUUGCUACGGAAGCCAGCUGGGGACCGUGGGGAACCGUCGUGCAGUCUAACGUUCCAGCGUGGCCAGCAGCCCAUUGGACUGGUGCUUACGGAGCGUGGCCAGCGGCUGCCGAUCAUUGGGGCGGAGCCGCCCACUGGGGUGGUGCCUGGCCAGCAGCUGCUCAUUGGGGUGUCCCAGCCGCCUCGGUUGCCCACCAUGCUGGAGUUGUUCCCGGAGCAGUCUCCGUGAACGCUAACCGUGGCUCUGUUCAUGUUGCCCCACUCGCAGGUCAUGCCGUGUCCCAGAAGCAACUGAACCUCGCUCCAGCUCCAGGAACCAUCUAGGAUACCAAAAAAUAGAUUGAACCCAUCCAUCAAUUGACUAAAUAGAAACAAAAUGCGAUAAACCACUGCCAUUCUCGUGAUACUGACGCCGAAGUUCUACGUUGUACGUUUUACUCAUUAUCAUUAGAGUAUAUAUAUUCAACGAUGUAAAUAAAAAUGAAUUCCCAAAACGUGAAACUGAAUGUUGAUUAAUUUAAUGAUAUGAUGAUA